CGACGAGGGUCGAGCGCGGGCCGGGCCUGAAGGAAGCUAGCGGCAGAACCCCAGGUCGCGGUGGCGAGGGACUCGGACCCGAUGGCGACCCCAGAGGCCAGCGGCAGCGGCGGGAACGGCGAGGGCAGCGGCCCCUCCGUCACCUACUUCCGGCUGGAGGAGGUGGCGAAGCGAAACUCCGCGGAGGAGACGUGGAUGGUGAUCCACGGGCGAGUCUACGAUAUCACCCGCUUCCUCAGCGAGCAUCCUGGUGGGGAAGAGGUUCUGCUGGAACAAGCUGGUGCUGAUGCAACGGAAAGCUUUGAAGAUGUUGGCCAUUCCCCUGAUGCCAGGGAAAUGCUAAAGCAGUACUACAUAGGUGAUGUCCAUCCGAGUGACCUUAAACCUAAAGGUAGUAACAAGGAUCCUUCGAAGAGCAGUACGUGCAAAAGUUGCUGGGCAUAUUGGAUUCUCCCCGUCGUGGGCGCUAUUCUUGUAGGUUUCCUGUAUCGUCACUUCACGAGCGACAGCAAAUCCUCCUGAGGAGACCGUGAUGAAGUGUGGGAGCGCAUGCUCCAGGGAGUGAGAAGUAGAGACUGACUUUGGAGGCUGCAGCAAUGCUCCCUCCUUGAAUCCUGCCAGUUCCCCCACUUGAAGCCAAGAUGGUUGACCAGAUGUCUAUCCUCCUUCGAUCUAAGACCUGGGUCCUUUGCCAGCCAGAGCCUGAUGCCCAGAGCAGCUACUCACAUUGUGUCCUUGCCAGGGUUUCUUCUCACUGGCUUCCACUUGUUCCCUUCAUUUCAAGAGUUAAUACUGAUGAUUAGCGUUCCUAUGUUGUAUUGACAUGGCCUUUGGGGACAAGAUAUGAUUUCUGAUACUUUGAAUUUGCAUUAGAUAUAUUUAAGGGAACAGUACUCUAGUUUUGAAUCUUUUCCUGUUUUUCUUUUACGUAAAUUUAUUUUUUUAAUUCUGAUUUAAUUUUGUCAUUUAUCAUAAGGGGUUUAAUUCAUGAAGUUAAGAUGUGUCUCUCUUAGUUAAAACAUAGCUGCCAAUUAUCUUAUUUAUGAUUAUUAAAAGUAAGGGGCCUGAAAGAUAGAUCUUAGGGUAAAAGCAGUUGCCACAAAGCCUGAUGACCUGAGUUUCAUUCCCUGGACCCACAUGGUAAAAGGAGAGAAUCAGUUCCCAAAAGUUGUUUUCUGACCUCCACAUGGAUGCUGUGGCCCUAGUGUACAUGCACAGGUACACACUUUUAGACAUAACACACACAGGCACAGGCCACACACACAUUAAACAAAUGUAAUUUAAAAAUAUAUACAAAAAUAAAAAUAAAAAUUAAAAAAAAAAAGGACUAUGUGGUUUUCUCCCUCCCAGAUAGUGUAGCUGAUGGCACUUCCCGUCCCUAAGUCCAGCCCCUUUCUUCCCAAGAGUACUUUACAAAACUCUGCAUCCCUUUGUUUCUUAGGUGUAAAAGAGCUGAAGAAAGGGACCAGUGAGUUAAGAUGAAUUCAGAAUAAUCUCUUUUAAAAAGGGAACAAAACACCGCUUACAGGACAGCAGUUUAAAGAAGCGAGCGACUUGCUCUCUCUGCCCAACACCAGUUUCUGAUGGUCUUCCACCCUGGCUGUCUUUACUGGGGAAAGAUGAGUGUUACCAUGGAGCUUCCCUAAAGCCUGGGAUUAUGUCUGUGGGGCUUCACGGAAGGCUCUUGCUGUUUUUCUGUUUACCCAUGAACAAAGUUUUGAUUCCCUGUUUUACCAAAGUAAGAGACUCAAAUUUGGCCUUAUCUCGGUAAAAUAACUUACAUAUAAAUGUCUUUGUCGGGGCAUGCCGCUUCAGAUCGGGAGACUUGCCAAGAGACUUCUGUUCUCGUCUGUGGUUUACCUCCAUGGCUCCAACUUGGUGUCUUGUUCUACUUUUCUUUUGAGGAUUAUUAUGAUAAGUCUGGAAGCUUUUCCCCCCCUCCCUUGGAUGUGAAUUUCAUUGGAAAGUAGUUAAUCAUUUAAAAUCACUGUUUCUCAUUGGCCCAGGCAUUUUCCUGGCAUCUUUGACUUCAUUCUUUUCCCCGUGGCGGUACCUGACAGUUUUCCAGCUGUUUUUUACCCAUUAGCCAAGAUUUUCCAGCACAUCCUUUGUUCAUUACCAGUCUGCUUCUGGGCUGUUGUCACAUCCAGCAGGAAGCCAUUCAAUUCUAGAAGGACCAGAGAUGCUGGGAAGUGUCUCCUGCCUCCCUUCCAGCUUGCCAGGGGCUUGACAGGACAGGAAACUGCACAUUAAACCAGUCUGCCAUGCAAACUAUUUAAGAAAAAGUUCAGCCCAGGACUUCUAUCCUGUGAUUUAGCAGUUGAAUGAAUUCAGAAUUCAUCAAAAUAGCAUUAGCCUUUUCCUUGCAUACUUGGAUAUGAUAUUUUAGAGUAACUUCUAGAUGACUUUCAUAUAUCAGGGAUACAGACUUAAACUUUCUCUUUAGAGAUGUCUGUGAUAUGAUAGAUUGAAAGAGUCGUCAUUCUGUAACAAGUGUCGUGACUGAGUACGCCUCCACUUAAAGGCGAGGAAGGCUUGUGUGCAGUGAGGCCUGGAGUCCACUUCUGUGCUAGCCAGGCUACAUGGAAAGAACAGAGGCACACAGAGGUACAGGAAUGUUCAAGCUGACACUAAGCCUGAAGAUUCACAACUUGGAUCAGUUGUGAAUAUGUUGGCAAUCGGCUUUACAUCCAGUGAAAAACUUCUGGUUAUAGGAAAUGUUAAGAACUGUUUUUGGCUGGGCAGUGGUGGUGCACACCUUUAAUCCCAGCACUUGUGAGGCAGAGGCAGGAGGAUCUCUGAGUUCAAGGCCAGCUUGGUCUACAGAGCAAGUUCCAGGACAGCCAGAACUAUAUAGAGAGACCUUGUUUCAACACACCCCACAAAAAAGAACUGUAUUUUUUAAGUAAAAUUGGUGUUUUGAUAUUUCUAUGGUAAACAUCAAUACAAAAAUCGUGUUUUUCUGUUUCA